GAUAUCUUCAUCUUCUUCUUCUUUGAGUUCUCACACAAUAUCCCGCCCGGCUCUUAAAAAUGGCGUCUUUAGAGCCCAAUUUAUCGGUAGAAGUUCAGUAUUUCAAGCAAAAUCGAAGAAGGAUAUGAAGGAGGAGGAGGUGGGGUUUAGAGCAACUGAAGUUGAACAAGAAGAUAAAGCCACUUCUGGUGCAUUACCAUCUCCUACUAUACUCCCAUCACUUGAUAAAGAACUCAACAAGGCAGUCCAAAAGACUGCUGCAACGUUUGCACCAAGAGCUUCAACCGCCACAAAGAAUCCAGCUGUUCCUGGAACCACAUUAUACACUGUGUUUGAAGUCCAGGGAUAUGCCUCUAUGUUGCUGGGAGGGGCUCUUUCUUUCAAUCUCAUUUUCCCAUCAAAUGAUCCGGACAUCUGGAGACUCAUGGGGAUGUGGUCCAUCUGGAUGUUUAGUAAGUGCCCUAAUCAGCUGAUCUAUCUGCUAUAUAUACAAUGCCAAUGCAGAUAGGGUUCUAAGUUAAAUGGGAAAUGUGUUGGUGAAAUCUAUUGCAGUGAUGACUUGUACAUUGUGCAUACUUUCUUGUACACUAGACAUUUUUAUUUGAUUUUACCUUUUCUAAUCCUUUUGCACUCUUUAUUAUGUUAUCAAGGACGCUAAAUAGUGCUGUGCAAUUUAUUAACUUUUACAUUAUGUUUACUUGCUUGCACAUGUAAAAGCUUUCUGGGUUUCUGGUCAUGUAUUUGUUCUGUAUGCCUGAUUAUUGAUGUUUUCUAUUAGUUUUGUGUCUUUUAUUGUACAUUUGUAUCGAGCAUUUAUUUAAUAACAGACUAUGUUAGUG